AUGCAAAUCCAAUCUUGGAUGUACAUUAUAAUGGCACGUUUUCACUUACCCUAUUGGUGUAUUUUGAUGCAACCAGAGCAUCCAUACAAUACAUGGGUGUAUACGAGUUCCUUCCCCGAUUUCAUCUAUUUUCUUGAAAAAUUAUUAACGACAAGUGCAAAGAUAUGUAUUAAUUAUUGUCUACAUGAAGCAAGUUUGGCUGAAGGAUUGCAUGUCGUACAAAAUGAGUGUGAUUUUAAUGAGUUUCUUGAAGCUGCCAAUGGAAAUAAGAGAUUGGAUUUGUAUGCGGAUUACUAUCAUGAACCUUUGUUUGAUUGGAUUCAGGAGGAAGAAACAAACCUUGAAGAUGAUGUUGUUUCUUUUGAUGACGUUGACUCCAUUUUAGAAUAUGGUGAUAAAGGUGAACAUGAAGACGAUGAUGAAGUUAUAUCUCUAAAAAGAAACUUCAAUGAUCACUUCUUAAACAAACUUUAUCCGGUAGAGAAUGAUAGUUGGUUGAAGAAGAUGAGAAUGUAA